AUGGCUUCCAUCAAUUCGCAGCCAGAUCAUGUAGAAUCGGCUGACAUUCGUGCCAAGUUCACCAACAGAUCAAACUUUCCCACGGUGUCACUUUCCGCAGAUAAUCAACUUCAAACCACCCCAUUGCUCUCAUCUACUCCUGUCACUGUGAGUAAGGCAUUAGUGAGAUCAUACCCUUACCUACUGCUUCUGAACAAAACAUUGAGUGUGUUAACAUGGACGGGAUCAGAUCAAUGGCUUUCCGUGUUAGUGGCAGUCUCAUAUGCUAUUUUGAUCCUGUACUUUGAGACCCUUCUUACAUACUUUGGUCAUGUAUUAGCCGUGGGAUUAUUGGGUCUUUUCGCCUAUAUUUCCACCCAGAUUGAGAAAGAGCUCCAUCAGAAUAUGACUUUGGAUGAGAUUGUACAGACCCUGACAUCUGUAAGUGUUAAGGCUGACAUUUUAGCUUCUCCGUUGGUUGCGCUGGAAUUGACACCCUAUGACUUGAAGAGAUUGCUUUUUACAACUGUGUUCUUGUCUCCGUUUUAUAUUGUGAUUGGAAUGUUUCUUGUUACUCCACGAACAUGGAUACUGUUUUCAGGACUAUUUUGGCUGACUUAUCAUUCAAGUUGGUCUCGCGUUACCAGACGUAUUUUAUGGAAAUCAAAAUCUGUCAAACUUUUGUGUUUCUAUGUCACAGGGUUAGAUCUCAAUGGCGCACAUUCCAACAAGAACUCUAUCUUUAAGAUUGCUAUGAACAAGACGAAGAAGAAGUUAAGUACUUUAGGAAGCGGAGGAAAUGGUUCAGACGUCCCAAUUCGCUUCACUUAUGUUCUUUUUGAGAAUCAACGAAGAUGGCUAGGAAUCGGGUGGACAUCCAAUCUUCUCAGUUAUGAAAGAGCGCCUUGGACUGAUGAAUUUCUAAACGAAGCUCAACCCCCAGAAUCUUUUGAACUUCCGGAGUUCACAGAUAAAAGUGGCAUGGUAUGGAGAUGGGUCGAUAAGACUUGGCGACUUGAUCUAACCAACGACGGGUCACUGCAAUUGUCGUCAUCCAAACCAAGGUCUACUACUGACCCUAAGGCAGAUGAUGGGUUCAUCUAUUACGAUAACACCUGGAAAUCCCCGUCUACAGAGGAUUCGUUCGGGAAGUAUACACGAAGGAGAAGAUGGGUUAGAACAGCUGAGCUGUAUUCUCCUGAAGGAUACUCCAGUAGUGUUUCAAGUGAGCUCAACCCAGAAAGAGGUCCUGUCAGCUCUUCUGGCGCAGAUCCUGUGUCCAAACGAUCAGUAUCCACCUCAUCAAGACGCAAGAGCAUCAGAUUCGACGAUACUCCUACGGUGGUGGAAUCAGUACUCUUUGGUCCGCAGGGGGUGAAGGAGGAGGCUCCAACCACCUCAGCUGAUAAUAUUAAGAAAGAAAAGGUAGCCGAGGCUAAAGAGGAAAAAGAGAUCGAUAUAGAACCAGAGCAAGAAAAGGAGCAGGUAAACGUUGAAGAAACGAAAGAUGCCAUAGAAAAAGAUAAAAGUAAAGCCAAAACUGACUAA